CUUCGAGGAUACUGAUUGAAUUUUAUUGAUCCUAUUAUUAAAUUAUAAAAAAAUAUGAUGCAUAAAAUUGACGUGUAAAAACUUUAUAACACUAACAGUACAGUCAAUAAAAAACCUAAUCAACUUUUGGAAAAAUUGAAAAUUGGUCCAAAGUUACUAACAAAAAACAUAGAAGGCAUGUCAGAGAUGGAAGCAGGUGCUUCUUGGCAACAACAUUAUGUUUGGGGUAUGACUUAUCCUCAUCAUCAACAUAAUCUUCACCAGUCAUCUCAGUACCAAUUACCAUACCAUCAGCAAUGCUCCUUAGAUGUGUCAGGAUCUUUUUCUUCAGCAACUCAACACCACCAGUUACAAAUGCAACUGGCCCAGCAAGGAACUUCAUCACAGCAACAACAACAACAACAACAACAACAACAACAACAACAUCAAAUGCUUCAUCAUCACCAUCAUCAUCAUCCUCAUAAUCAGCAACAACAGUAUGAAGAACGUGUACAAGGCAAUCGACGACAAAAUUUGUAUAACACGAUAUCAGGUGAUCCUAUGAUAACAUCCUCUCUGAAGGGAAAACAAAGUAAAGAUGGUCCAGAAGAAAAGAAAGAUGCUGAUGGUGAACUGUGGGGCAACGUGGAAGCGCAAGCCGCAUUUUUGGGUCCGAAUCUUUGGGACAAAACUUUACCUUACGAUGCCGACCUGAAGGUAUUGAAUCAUUACGUGGAUCUGGACGAAUUUUUAUCAGAAAAUGGGAUCCCGGUAGACGGAGUAGGUAGUGGAGUACAAGGAACAAUGCAAGGUGGACAAUUACACAAGUUAAAUAACGGUAAUGAAGCAGUAAGUCAUCAAGGACCAGCAGGACUUCAUUUGGAACCUGUUACCAAACGUGAAAGAUCUCCAUCUCCAAGUGAAUGUUGUUCACCUGAUACUUUAAAUCCACCAUCACCUGCCGACUCGAAUUCCGGGGACUCGUCAUGUAUACAAUAUGGCUUGUCUCUUGUAGCGCUCUCGAUGGCGUCAUCGGGACGAGACUUUGACCCGAGGACCCGAGCCUUCUCCGAUGAGGAACUCAAACCCCAACCGAUGAUCAAGAAGUCUCGGAAACAGGUAAAAAAAUUGUUCGUCCCAGAUGACUUGAAAGACGACAAAUAUUGGGCUCGUCGCAGGAAGAAUAAUAUGGCAGCUAAAAGAUCGCGAGAUGCACGUCGUAUGAAAGAGAAUCAAAUAGCUUUAAGAGCCGGAUUUUUAGAGAAAGAAAACAUGGGACUGCGACAGGAACUUGACCGGUUAAAGAAUGAAAAUAUGUUGCUACGAGAUAAACUGAGCAAGUACACAGACGUCUAACAAACAGUAAGGUUCUCUUGGUCAUUUCAAUCUAUCAAUUAAUUUAAAAUUAUAACUUGGGUGAUGAAAGAGGGAUCCAUCUGGGAAGCAGCAGAAGAGAGAAAAGUAUCUCAACGAUGCAUAUUUCCCCGUCUUCAUAAAUUCUUCCACUUGUCGAUUCCUCUCCUUCUCCCCUGAGCUUCAAGUCCUCAAGUUCCUUGGGUCCUUUAGAAAAAUAAUUAUAAUGAUAAUAAUAGUAACAAAAAAUCAUGUAUCCUUAUCCUAAUCGCUGAAGAAGAACAAUUGUUUCUUUCUUAACCACCGUCGCCUCACUUGUACAUAGUUAUAUGUAUAGUUAGAUUACGUCAUUGUCGAUGUCAUAUACUGCAGUUACGAACAAUACAAAAGCAAAAAAAAAUUAUAAUAAGCGAAAAAGAGAAUGCGAGAGGAAAGACAAGGAGAACCAGAAAGCAUGUGUGAAAGUGUGUCUGUGUAAAUGCCCCUAAUUGAAUGACAAUUAAUAUUAAUUAAUAAUUAAUAAAUCUAAAUUGUACGAUAAAAAUUGGGCAUGAUCGUUACCAUGAUUAAAUUAAUUUGUAUAUGACAAAUUGAAGAUAAAAGAGAAGCUAUUAUACAUGUAGAAAAAAAAACAAACUGGGAUAAAAUAAAAAAAAAGAAUUGUAGUUAUGCAGAAUGUGCAUGAAUUACAGCGAAUUAUGUCAUAAAAUAUCGCAAAUAAGAGAUUUUAUUGGGAAUUUUUUACGUCCAGAUUUGCAGUUUUUUAAAUAAAAUGAAGAAUUGUUAAGGACAUUCUGCUAAAAUAAAUGGCAAAAAAGUGAUUUAAAAAAUAAUGAAAAAUAGAUUGGAAAGGUUGAGUAACGUAGUUGCUCUAAAUUAGCCUUUUCUUUUUAAGUUUUUAGAUGUUUAUUUUGUUUAUAAAUAUAUAUAUUUAAAAAAAUAUAUAUAAAUGAAAGAAAAAUAAAAAAAAUAAAAAGGGCAGAAUUAUAAAGUUUAUAUUAGCAAAUGCACGCAACCAUAAUGAUCAAAAUGAUCGUUUGAUUUAUGAUGGAAAUUGUUUUAACAAAUAUUGAUGCCUUUUUUUCAUUUUUUGUUUUCAAUAUUUUAGUAUGUAUUACGAGUACUGUGCUGGUAUUAUAUAUAAUUGAUUAUUUCGUAUGUUUUACAUUAUUUUGUUUUAACUAAUUGUUAAUUUGUUAAAAAAAAGGGAAAUAAUGAAAUUUUUUAUUUUUAUUUUAGUGAUUUAUUUGGCCUAAACAUGUAGAUAAUUGACGAUAAAAUAUUGUAUAAAAUUAAGAUUGUUAAAAAUUUUUUGUAACUAAUUAUUAUGGCUUUAUAAAGAAAUCGUCCGUCAUAUUUACAAUAGUUAAAAACAGAUAAAUCAUCGAAUUUUAGAUAAAUUUAUUAUGUAGCAGAAAAAAAUAUCGCAGUCGUAUCAGCCGCUUCUGUCGCAAUUUAUUCAUCCGGUAUAACUGUUCAAACUAAAUAUUAUUAGAUGAAAUGAUUGAAAAUUAGAAUAUAUUGUUGCAAUGGUAUAUAAACUUGAUCUGCAAUGUGAUAAAAAAGAGCUAUUGAUGGAUAUAAAAUAACAAAAAUAUUAAAAUACUAAAUAAAUAAAUCAAUAUGAAAAAUGAAAAAAAAUUAAAAGAAAAAAUACGUGAUGCGCUAAAAUUAUGAGUGAAAAAUAUUCAACAUGAAAAUCUAUUGUAUCACCUUCCUAAAGAAUAUAUGUAUUUGUUAUUGUUUUAAUUAA